CACUGUAACGGUGCCCUGUGACCUGUGGGGUCGCUGGAAUCGCGAAUCGCCGUCUUGAGGCGUCUUGAGCUUGCUGGCGCUCGGUUCGUUUCUCCCUCCCACGGUGAUUUCGCUUUUGAGUGAUCGUCGGAGUUAAGGAUGUUACUGAAUUCACACAGCAAAGUAUCAUGACACUUUCUACAAGGCCACUCCGUAUGGUGUGCUUACAUUGCCAGCCUCUUGCACGCUGUAUGAAAUGUGUUGAGGGCCGUUUCUCCAUGGAAUGGCUCAUGACUUUUAUGGUGUUGCUCCUAACAAUAUCCGCACUUCGCUGUCCUACAUGGCGGCCCUCCGUUUACGUUCCUGUCUCAGAUAUGGAAGAAGAAGUGUGGGCCUGUCCGGUGUCUGAACCAAGUACGUUGCCGCUUUGCCCGCUUGUACCGAAUGGCUUACCAAGAUACGUUGGUGUGAAAAGAAGAGUGAACCAAACUCUCCUCGAGCACAUUGCGAGUGAAGUGGAGCCAGGAGGCCGUUGGCGUCCCAAGCAUUGCCGUGCACAGCAGAGCCUUGUGGUUUUAGUGCCAUACCGCGAUCGCGCUAUGCAUCUUGCCCUCUUCUUACAGCACAUGCACCCUUUCCUACAGUCCCAGUUACUCGACUAUUCCAUCUAUAUCGUCGAACAGAGCGCGGAGCAUGACUUUAACCGUGCUAAGCUUUUCAACAUUGGCUUUGUGGAAGCUUUGAAAGACCGUGGCGACGCCUGCUGCUUUGUCUUUCAUGACGUGGACCUUCUUCCAGAAAAUGGUGACAACUUGUACGCCUGCGGCCAUCAGCCACGGCACAUGUGUGCAGCCCUGGAUACUUUUCGCUAUGUUCUGCCCUACCCAGAAUUGUUCGGUGGAGUAGUUGCCAUGCAUCGCCAACACUUUGAGGCCCUCGGUGGAUUUUCCAACCGCUUCUUCGGUUGGGGAGGCGAGGAUGAUGAUUUGGCUGCACGCGUAAAGCGAGUGGGUCUUAAUAUCGUCCGCUGGGAACCUAAGCUGACCAUGUACUCUGCCUUGAGUCAUGUUCCUGCUGCUCCUAACCCAGCACGUUACAACCUGUUGCAGGAACGUGAUCUUGAUGAUGGGCUGUCAUCACUUUCAUAUCGCCUUCUGAAACAUGAACGUAGGCCCCUCUAUACCAAUCUUCUAGUUGACGUAGGUAACACAGAAACGAGGAUGCAUUUGUGACCACUCUAGUGUGUUGUUAUUUUAAGUGCUAGUUUUGCUAUUUAUUUUAUUUAUUACUGCAACAAAAUGCUUGGACACCCAUGCUUAUGGGUUUUGUGCACAUAUCCGUAUGUACAGGCAAGCACUAUAAAGAGUCUCAUUCAGGCCUG